AGUGUUUUGGGCAGAGCGGAGGCUGUGGAGCAGGAGUAGUCGGUACCGCAUCCUGAGGUCGGGGGAGGCCCGGCUCUUUGUUAUUGUUCUGCCUCCUUCUGUCCGCGGGGGGAUGGUUCACAGGCGCAGCGUCAGUCCGUCCGGGGCUCCAGCAGUAUGAAGGAUGGAAGAAGACGAUGUCACCAUCAGGGAGCAGAACUUUCACAGCCAAGUUAGAGAAUGGAUUAUUUGCUUUCUUUUGUUCGCCAUUUUAUAUAUCGUGUCUUAUUUCAUCAUCAAAAGAUACAAAAGAAAAGCAGAUGAACAGGAGGAUGAUGAUGUCACAGUUAAUCGAGUCUCGCUGUUCCUGAGUACAUUCACACUGGCAGUUUCGGCUGGUGCCGUGCUCCUGCUUCCUUUCUCCAUCAUCAGCAAUGAGAUCCUCUUAUCAUUCCCCAAGAGCUACUACAUCCAGUGGCUGAAUGGCUCUCUGAUCCAUGGUCUGUGGAAUCUCGUUUCACUCUUCUCCAAUCUGUGUCUUUUUGUCCUGAUGCCAUUCGCGUUCUUCUUUCUCGAAUCUGAAGGCUUUGCUGGGCUUAAAAAGGGAAUCAAAGCCCGGAUACUGGAGACAGUAGUCAUGCUCAUUCUCCUGGCCUUGCUUAUUUUUGGCAUCGUAUGGGUGGCAUCUGCCCUGAUUGAUAACAGCCCUGCAAGCAUGGAGUCAUUGUACGAUCUUUGGGAAUUUUAUCUCCCCUACUUAUAUUCCUGUAUUUCACUCAUGGGAUGCCUCCUUUUACUCUUGUGUACUCCUGUUGGCCUUUCUCGGAUGUUUGCAGUAAUUGGUCAACUUUUGGUGAAACCGACAAUCCUUGAAGACCUUGAUGAGCAGAUGUACAUCAUAAGUCUACAGGAAGAGGCUCUACAGCGAAAGCUGAAUGGAGGAAAUUCUGCAGUGGACUACAAUACGAAGAGGAUUGAACAUGAACUUAUGAACGCAAAAGCUAUGAAAUCAAAGCUUGAAAGACGCAAGAAAGCUUCAGUCUGGGAGAGGAACCUGAUCUAUCCAGCUGUAAUGAUACUGCUCCUCAUUGCAACGUCCUUCUCUGUGAUUUUGGUGUCCUGCAACAUCCUACGCCUGCUGGUUGAUGAGACUGCAAUGCCAAAAGGCUCAAAGGGAGCAGGUAUUGGAAAUGCAUCACUGUUCACAUUUGGAUUUGCUGGAGCUGCUUUGGAAAUCAUUCUAAUUUUCUAUCUGAUGGUUUCCUCUGUGGUCGGCUUCUACAGCCUAUGGUUUUUUGGAAGCUUCACGCCCAGAAAAGAUGACACAACAAUGACAAAGAUCAUUGGAAACUGUGUUUCUAUUCUGGUGCUCAGUUCUGCUUUACCUGUUAUGUCCAGAACAUUAGGUAUCACCAGAUUCGAUCUGUUGGGUGACUUUGGGAGAUUCAACUGGCUUGGGAACUUCUACAUUGUUGUUACAUACAAUUUGAUAUUUGCCGUUGUGACAACGCUGUGUUUAGUGCGGAAAUUCACCUCAGCUGUUCGGGAGGAACUUUUAAAAGCAAUCGGUUUAGAUAAACUUCAGCUAUCCAAUGAGCCCAGCGACACUCCAUCCCCUAAUGGGCAUCAGAAAACACUGUGAAUCCACACAAUUCUGCUGCGACUGACAUUCCUCAGAGCUAAGAAGGUGGCUGUUGCGUUGCUGUUCUUCUCCACACAGCUCUUUAGAUUUAGCAAAGACUUUAGACGUAGGUCAUGGUGGCCACAUGGCUGCACUUCUGUGAACCAGACUUAGAAAAAAGUUCUCCCCUGAACCGAUUGAGAACAUGAGCCUCGGUUGACCGAACCUCAUGUAUCAAAAAUGUCCUUCAUAGAAACGGUGACUGCUAUCAUCGACCAGCCAUAGGUCAGUUUUCAUUGCUGAUAACGGAAUUGAAACCUGGACCCUGGCCACUUCUUCUAAGGCAGUUUUAAUACAUGACGCUCAAUGUGCCAUGUGGCCGUUGUGAGUUACUGGGGACAGCCUUGUCUGUCAUAAUGUCAGAAGUUCUGUCUUACUGGAUUGUUUCUGUUACCCCACUCCUCAGGUUGAGUAUAUCUUUAGAUACUACUUAUCAGAAAUCGUUAUUAGCUACUAUGUAAGAUAUGGAAAAAAAUGAAAAAAGCAUUUACAGAGGACCACCCUGACGUGUAUUUUGGUGACUAUUUAAAUUCUUCAUGAUAUAACAAUUCUGGAGCUCUGUGUUACAUUGUUCUACCUCCUAGAAAUGUAUGAAGAAGUUGAUAGCUGGGUUUUCCCACUUCCAUUGUCCAAGAGGUAUGUCCCUACACAGUCUGGCAUUUGUUGGCAGACUGUGUAAGGACACGGCCCUUUGACAGGGGAACGGUAGUACCCAGUUGUCAAUUUAUUAAUAUUCACCAGGUAUAUACCGGUGCAGGUAUUUACUAAAACUGACGUCAGGACUGGUGACCGGUCCUCCGGAAAGGCAUUGCCUUGAUAGCCAUAAUGUUGGAGGUGAUUUAAAAGUGUUGCACUCACCAGCUACAUACUGCGGCCGCUGAAUAAACCUUUGAACAUUGUGUGACCAAAGUAGAAGAACUAUGACGUCACACAGUGAUCAUGUAUGCCAGGCCAAAGACCAGCUUCAUAGUGUCACCAGACUUUCCAUAACUUUGGAUCUUACAAUGCUACCUGCAUCUCUCCAUACCCGUUGUAGGACUGGAGAGAGAUCAAAUGUGAAAUGACACUUAGACUUACUUUGCCCAUACAAUUUCAAUAGCUGUUGGCUAAAUGCCUGGUUCGGGAUGGAUGAGAAUGCUGCGGCAGAGACCUCUAAUGGUGGCUUAUCUUCCAGGAGAACAAAAGGAUCAAGCAAAACAAUUCAAUCUGCCCAGUCCUCUCUAACAUCAUCUGUCAGGGGAGAGUCAGGAGCUCCCCAUACACUUUAGAUUGUCAGCCGACAAAACCCUAUUUGUGUAUGGGAGCCUUUACAGAAGGAUAUUACAAAACUGUCUGACCCUAACUGGUAGCUGAAGUGGAAAAGCAGUUUUCUUGUCUCCAAAAAGGUUCAUGCAGGCAGUAUUACCUGUAGGAAGUCCAUGUACCGUCCUGUGAUGCUUCAGUAUAUAGGGUACAGUAUAGCCCAUCGGCGCUGGAAAUACACAGCUCCAUUCAUUGUAGUGGAUGGAGACGGUUACUGCAGUGCUGCUUCCAUUCAUUUCAUUGGGGGCAGUGCUGCAGUAACCAGGUCUGUCCUCUACACGAUGGACGGAUCUGUGUAGUUCUGGCACUGGAGAUAGCAGAACAGCUGAUUGGUGGGGGUGUCGGGUGGCCGAUAGGCCAUCAGAUGUAAAGGAGUGGACUACCCCUUUAAGGUUUCCCCUAUUUUUCAGUUAGGGCUCAUGCACACGACCAUUGCCUACUAAUAUAUAAUACAUAAUAGAACAGUCCUAUACUUGUCUGUAAUGCAGACACAAAUAGGACAUGUUCAAAUUUUUUGAGGGGCCACAGAACGGAUAUACAGAUGAGGACAACACAUGGUGAGCUGUCCUCAUCUUUUGCUCAUUCGAUCCGUAUUGAAAUGCGGAUCGAAUGCGGACCAAUAUAAAAGUUCAUGUGCAUGAGCCCUUAGUAAAAAAUUUACAAUUUAGAAGAUGUCAGUGGCUCGUGAACGGCUGAGAUGUGCUGUUUAAAAAGUGAAAAUAAAGUUUGCACUGAAGACAUUUGCUGAUGCUUCUAAGGUUUCUUCAGUAAACAGAGAGAACCUUCCCAAAUAGUACAAGAUCCUUGUCCCCGGGAAAGCACAAUACUGAUAUAAUCACUAGUGUAGUAGUCGCCUCGUGAGCACAAAAGCUGGUACACGCUCCACAUCACGGAUACAGUUCUGUAAAACCUCUGAGGGUCUCUUCUAUGCAGCUGUAUGCUACAUAUGGAAUACAUGUAUAGUCCUGCCACCAGCUGUGGGACCUGUUACUAUAGAGCAAUAUCACAAUCCUUUGCUACUCUGUGACCCAGGCCUGCAGUUUUUCCCUUUUACACUUAUUCUCAUCAGCAUGAUGUCAGUGAUAGUGUAAAAGCUGCAGUGUUACUAGCACUGACAUUAGAUAGAAUUGGAAUCAGCAGAUUGAAAGGCUAAAGGGGCCCUCCGGACAUUGCAGCUAAUCCAUAGUUGGUACUAACCUGUGGAAGGAGUAGUGCCCACCUUUCUCUUGUUCUGCUGAUCGCACUGCUCUCACACAGGCCGCGGGCUCUUCUGCUUGGGUCCUGGCCGGAUAUGGCCGCUUCUUUUCCUUUUCAGCUGCAUUUACUACUUACUAUGCAGCUAAUCGGAUAAUGAAGUGGCCGUAUCCAGUCGGGAACUGGGCAAAAGAACCUGCAGCAUGUGUGAGGGUAGAGGAGAAGGUGGGAUCGGCAGGGACAGGUAAGUACUACGUGAACCACAGGUUAAUGCCAACUACGGAUUAGCUGGGAUGCCCACAGAACCCCUUUAAAACCAGGCAAUAAAAAAAAUCCUUGUGAAAAGUGGUUAUCCGUCACCGCCACUAUUUUUUGCAUUGCACGGAUCACUGCAGCUCAGAACAUUGGACUUCACCUAUAUCCAUAGUGUCUGCCAUGAUCAUUGCACCAUUCAUCUCUGCCUGCUCCAUAACAUAGUCCUAGUCAAUUGCUCUGGAGGGGCUCCAUUUAUAAGCCUAAGGGUGCACCCACUUGCAGCAGCCAGUGACCUCCUGAUUCUAUGGUGGCCAUGGGCUGCCGCAGGUGAGAGGGGUUUGGCCACAUGCGACCAGCCGAACCAUCGGGCUGUACCCUCAGGGCAUGGACCCAGAUACUGUGCGUCAGGUAUGUAAAAGGACCGACUGCUCUGCAGGUCUUCUCUCAUGUCCCCUUAUAUGUAUGCAGUUAUAUCCACAUGGCCCUUAGAGACCCCCAGUGCUAUAGAAAGUAUCCUAGAUGUAUAGUUACAAGAAAGCACACCACAUGUGAUGAAGAUGCUAUGUCUAUUUAAUGACUUUUAUAGAGAAGAGGCAUCUAAGAGCAGUAUAGAAUAUAUUAAGAUGAUUCUAGAAUGAAUAUACAGCAUAUGCCUUGGAAUUUAUAUCUGCUAAAUAUCAGGACAGGUGUAAUCCAGGCCAGGACUGCCUUUCUCACAGUCAUAGAAUGCAUUUGAAUGUGCAAUAUUAUUAUAUAUUUGUAUUAGGCCAUGUAGAAACAUAAUUUUUUUUUACUUAAAGGGGCUUUCCAUUUAUUUAUUUUUUUGCCUUCCCAGCCUGCUUUACCUGUGGAGAAGUCCAUACUCACCUGCUGCCUGACGCUCCAUUCCAGCUCGCUGGCAGUCUUCACUGGACUUCUGGUCCCUGUCUGUCAAUUUCCGCACAGACCUGGUCAUGUGCACCACUGCAGCCAGUGACUGGCCUCUGCAUGACAUGUUUGCAAGUGGCACGUCACUGCCAGGUCAUGUGCGGCAUGGGGUCACAUCACCGCUAAGACCAGUCAGCAUCACACGUGACUCCACCCUCUGAAAAUUGAAAGACGGGAACCAGAAAUUGAGUGAAGAGAGGAAGCUGGAAUGGAGCAGCAGGGAGCAGGUGAGUAUGGAUUCCUACAUGGGUACAGCUCACGGGGGGAAAAAAAAAAGCAGGACAAUCCUUUUAGUUUUUGACAAUUAAAGGAACACUCCGGGCAAAGCUUGUACACUGUGUAUUGUCUGGUGCAGGGUCUAAGUGGGUGGAGCAUGACACAGGCAUUCAAAGACCACCAAAGAGAGAAUCCCUGUGACACCCUCCGUCCCGCAGACCCUGCACAAGGCAUAGCACGCUGUGUCACUUUGCCAGUAUAUCAGUUUUGCACAUACAAAUCUCCUCUUCAGCAUCCAUGACCUGUAAGUCUUUCUGCAGAUGUUCAAGGGAUUUAUAGGGCACGGAGGAAUUCUUAGUAUCCAAAUCCUUCACUAAUGUAAAGGAUAACUUCUAAAGCUAACCAACCGGUCUAGGCUGGGUCUUUAUGAAGAUGUAACAAAGUUUUCACUGAUCAGUAGUCAUAUCUAAAAUUCUGACAUCUCACGUGUCUGUAUUAGUUUAGCUCUCUGAGUUUGGAUCCCUGACUGCGUCAAAAAAAAAAAAGUUCAGUUAAAAAAUUCAGACCGAUGUUAUGUUGUCUGGAACAUUGUACCAGAUCUCCAGUCGUUGAAGUAUUUCAGCACUGCAGAACCUGUGUUCUGGAAGCCUGUGGGGGUCCAAGCUCACAGAUCUUCACAUGUAUCUGUGACUUGUCAGAAGAUCUUUUUGCUUGUAUUUCCAGGGAGUUGUA